AUGAGUAGAGCGGCGGCGGUGGCAGCGGCGAUUGUCGAACGCAAGCACGAAAUGGCGAUUCGACGCCGUCAGUCGCCUUCCGAAGAGGGGGACACGAGGACGAAAGACAUACAGGUAAAGAUAACGCUCAUUUUGACUUUAGCGUUUUCGUCAACAACGAGAAAUACGUCGAGAUGUCGCAAGAAAGUCAUGAAGAUCAACGUGCAGCAGAGGGGAAGAAUUAAGGCGACAUCUGGCAAUACAAGCCAACUGCCGAGUAGAAAGAGAAACUCGCUUCCAACCGUCCUCGUCGUUCAUCUGUCGCACUUCUUGCCAAGAUCAUCGUAG